AUGGACAGAGAUACCAUUGAAUUUGGCGAACAGGUGCCACAUUCAUGUGAUUACGAGCGACUGGAUAUGGGGUGCCCCGGACCACUGGAGCGAUACGCGUCCAGACAGGUGGUUCCCCUGUCACCAACUCAGGAAUUCAGCCGCGACUCAGAGGAUGAAACGACUGGACUACUCGCAAAGCUGAAAGGACGUUUAGACAGUGUGCUCUCCUAUAUCAGUCCGGAAUCACAUGCCCCAAGACCACAACGCCAUACGCGCUACUCCUCACCCGAUGAACAACCACGUAUAUAUAGUCCAGAUGAUGUCAUAAUGAGUGAAACGACUGCAAAGCUAGCUCAGAUAAGGAAGGCAUUCAAGCCGAGCCGGACACCGACAAGACGAAAAUGGAGGCAAGAGGGCGCAUCAGAAAUCAGAGGACGACGCAAGACCACGAGCACUGAUGAUAGUAAGAUUACGACAGUGGAGCAGCAUGCCAACAGGUAUGGCUGUGGUGCAUUUGACUGCGAACCUCCAUCCAUUGAUCAAAUACCAGUUCCAGCUCAACGUAUGAUAGAGGUGUCUGAUGAGUUCAGAGGGUUCAUCGCAGAUUCUUUGAAGCGCAGUCCUCAUCUCAUCGGAACAUACGGAGGAUACGGAGAGGCCUUUCGAACAACACAAUUAGAUGCCCACGACAAGUACACAUCUGAAAAGGCUUUCUUCGAAAAGCCGAUAAGGGUACGUGAGAGAGACGAGAACAAGAUACGAAAAUGGUCAGAAUAUAAGCCGUCGCUGUCUACUCGUUUGCGCUAUCUCACAGAAACUACUUCGACUACUGCUGAAUUGGAAUCAGACAGAGCAGUACAGAAACCGAUUUCAAAAUCAUUACAAAUCAUCCCCAAUAUAGUUCGCCUACCGUCCCAAGUCACUAUUUUGUGUCCAAUGGCUCCGUACAAUCCGAGAGAAGGCUUCACACCCACGGCAAUAAGCUGGUCCCAUGCAACCUCGACAGCACACUUUUACCGAGAUAAGUCAGAACGCAUACUAUACUGCCCACUCACCACGCACGACCAUCGUGUUUCGAUCAGAUACGGGAAGCCACAACGCGUGUUCGCCUAUCCUCCGGAGAAGUGGCUCGAUGCUUACACCCUGGACAUAAAGCCAAUACAACCAGAUGACUAUGGUUAUUACGCGUGUGUAUUUCUCAUGGAUAUUGGGCGCACGGGCGUGGUUCGAACUAAUUUGACGAAACUAGCACCGUAUCCGCUUUGUAUCAUACCACAAGAGCCUCCAGAUGCAUCCACAGUCGUGAAGUUAUCCGUGAACCAAUCUAAAUCAACAGUU